CGCGGCGCGCAGCGGCUGGGCGGAAUGCCCGCCCUUUGCUGGAGACGCGGCUCCGGCGGCACCGACCGCGGCGGACGCCGCCUCGUCCACUUCAACUCGUCGCGGGUCGACGAGAAUGCCGACUUUGGCGGCAACCGGAUCACCACCUCCCUCUACACGUGGUGGUCCGGCCCGCUGAAGCUGCCCUGGGAGGAGCUGUUUCUCAAGCGAUCGAACUUUUACUUUUUGGCGCGCUCCCGCCCGCCGACCCCGGCAGUUUUACGCUGGCGAGAGCCAGCCGCGCCCGCGCGCCUCGCGCAGGUCGUCUCGGCGCUGCAGUGCUGGCCCGAGGUCUCGAGCACCGGCGGCAUGCCCACCUCCCUCUUCGGCCUGAUUCCGGUGGUGCUCAUGGGCAUGGCGAUCAAGAUCCAAGAGGAUCGGCUGCGGCACCAGUCCGACUACCGCGCAAACACCGCCCGCUGCCGUCGGCUCGUCGACGGCGUCUUUGUGGACGCGCGCUGGACGGACGUCCAGGUUGGGGACCUCCUCAAGGUUUGCAAUCGCGAGGGCAUCCCGGCCGACUUGCUGCUCGUCGCGGCGUCCGAGCCGGACCCCGACACGUUGCGCGGCGCGUGCCACGUCGAGACGAUGCAGCUCGACGGCGAGACGAACCUCAAGGGAAAAAGCCCCCCGGGGGCCCUGCCCGGGGAUUUUGGCCCCCCCGUGGAGAGGCACCUCCGGUCGAUCGACUCGGAGGCGCCCGACGGCUCGCCAAACACCUACAACGGCACGCUGCACAUCGAGGGGCGGCCCGCGGUGCCGCUCACAGUCGUCAACAUGCUGCUGCGCGGCUCCACGCUGCGCAACUCGGAGUACGUGCUCGGGAUCGUCGUCAACACUGGCCACGACACAAAGGUCAUCCAGGGCUUGCGCGCGCCCUCGCACAAGCAGUCGACCCUGCUGUCCAGCAUCAACCAGAUGAUCGUCUGGAUCGUGCUCCUGCUGCUGGUGCUGUGCCUCAUCGCCGGCGCCGCCGAGCUGGCCUUGUAUCACGAGCUCGACUUGGUGGACCACUGGUACAUGAACACGCAAAAGGAGGAGGACGGCGUCGCCGCCACCUUCUUGGUCAACACAGUCUACUUCUUUCUCUUGCUGUCGGCCUUUGUCUCCGUGACGCUCUACGUCAACAUCCUGCUCUCGCAAAAGCUGAUCCAGUACUUCAUGCAGUGGUCGCUCUCAAUGUACGACCCCGAGUCGGACACGCCGAUGCGGGUGCGCAACUCCCAGCUGGUUGACGAGCUCGGCGUCAUCUCGCACGUCUUUUCCGACAAGACGGGCACGCUCACCCAAAACGUGAUGCAGUUCCGCAAGGCGUCGAUCGGCGGGAUCGCCUAUGGCCGCGGCACCUCUGAGAUCGCGGUCGCAAGGAUGAAGCGGCUGGGCGAGCUCCCGGCCGGCGAGGACGUCGAGGCGGGCGCCACCGAGGGCGCCGCCGCGCACAGCCCGCCCGGAGGCAGCGUGAUCAGCCGGCACGUCAACUUCGACGAUCCCGCGCUCGUGGAGGCGCUGGGCGGCAGCGACGAGCAGGGGAAGCGCUGCCGCGAGUUCUUCCUCCACCUCGCGCUGUGCCACACCGUCGUGACCGAGGUGGUCUACGGCGAGCGUUCGCUCUCGGCCUCUUCGCCCGACGAGACCGCGCUGGUUGCGGGCGCCGAACGCUUCGGGUACCGAUUCAUCGAGCGCCAUCACGACACGGUCGAGUUGCAGGGCCCAGACGGCGAGCCGCUGCAGUACGAGGUGCUCGACGUGCUCGAGUUCAGCUCUGCGCGGCGGCGCAUGUCGAUCGUGGUGCGUAAUUCGCAGACGCGCGCCAUUUCGUUGCUCAGCAAGGGCGCCGACACGGUGAUGCUGCCGCUACUGGCUUCGGGGCAGGAGGAGCUGGUGGCCCAGACCGAGGCCCACAUGCACGACCACUCCAACGACGGGCUGCGCACGCUCGUGAUCGCCUCCAAGGAGCUGAGCGAGGAGGAGUACCUCUCGUGGAGUGAGCGGUACCGCCGCGCCGCCUCGGAUCUGGACGAGGUCGAGAAGAAGUCGCGCGAGGAGCCAAACGCGAUUGACGACCAGUGCGACGCGAUGGAGUCGCGCAUGCGGCUGCUCGGCUCGACUGCGCUCGAGGACAAGCUGCAGGAGGGGGUUCCCGCCUGCAUCGCCGACCUCGUCAAGGCGGGCAUCGCGACGUGGAUGCUCACCGGCGACAAGGAGGAGACCGCCAUCAACAUCGCCUACGCGUGCGAGCUGCUCGACAGCACCACCACCGUCGUGGUGGUAGGGCUCAAAACCCACCCGAACGUGGAGGACAUCACGCGCGCGCUCAGGGAGGCGACGGCCGCUGCCGAGGAGAGCAUGGAGCUAUCGGCCAACGCGCAGCGUGGGCGCCGCGCCCUCGUCAUCGACGGCGGCGCACUCGGCCUCCUGUUUGGAGCCGCGCCCGAAGCGCCCGCCUGCCAGCUCGAGUUCCUGAGGUUCACGCAGACGUGCGCCACGGUGGUUGCGUGCCGCUGCGCGCCGGCGCAAAAGGCGAAGCUCGUGCGCCUUGUGCGGCGCAACGUGCGCGGCGUGAGCGCCCUGGCCAUCGGCGACGGCGCCAACGACGUGGCCAUGAUCCAGACGGCGCACGUGGGCGUCGGCAUCUCGGGCAAGGAGGGCAUGCUCGCGGUCAACGCGGCGGACUUUGCCAUCGCGCAGUUCCGCUUCCUGCGCGAGAUGCUGCUCGUGCAGGGACGCCACAACUACCGCCGCAUCGCCGUGACGGUCUACUACGUCUUUUACAAGAACAUCAUGUUCACCCUCGUCAUCUUUUGGGCGCAGUUCUUCGCCGCCUUCUCGGGCACCAAGUGGAACCUCGAGGCGGGCAACCAGUUGUACAACGUCCUCCUCACCAUGUUCCCCAUCCUCUGGUUCAGCGUCUUCGACAAGGACGUUUCGGACGAGACGUCGCUCGCCCUGCCGCAGCUCUACCACCUCGGGCCCGGCAACCACUUCUAUUUCAACUGGCGCGCCACGCUGCGCUGGAUCUUCCAGGCCAUCUACGAGUCGCUCGCGAUCGCUCUCCUCUGCGUCUUCAGCCUCGACGGCCUGUCGCCCGACGGAGAGAGCCCGGGCCUCUACCUGAUCGGCGCGUGCACCAUCACGCUCGCCAUCGUCGUGCCGAACCUCAAGCUGAUCCUCUGGUUCUUUUCGUGGAACAUUUGGAGCUUCGUCCUCAUCGGGUUCGAGGUUGUUCUCUGGUGGGGGGUGGGGGGCGUGGUCGCCUCGGAGAUCAAGCCCGAGAACCGGGGCACGAGCGGCGAGUUCAUCGCGCAGUUUGUGCUCGGCUGGUACAAGCUGUGGGGCAACGUGAACGAACUGGGCACCUUUUGGCUACUCAUGCUGCUCGUGCCGGCCGUGGUGCUGUUGCCGCAGGUCUUCUACUCCUUCUACAUGCGCCGCUUCCACCCGCAGUUCCGCGACCUCGCCAUGGAGUGCGAGUACCACGGGCUGCCCAUCGAUGCGCUCAAAGCGUGGCAGAUCCCGGCCGGCCAGCGGCAGCGCCGGCUGGUCAAGGGCGCGCCCCGCCCGCUCUAUCAGGCCAGCCGCUUCCAGAGGCUGUGCGCCUCCCUCUGCGGCUCGAAGGCCAAAUCGGAAUCCGCGCGAAGCACGGCGACACGAGCGUGAGGGGAGGCAUCAGCGGAGUCGCCCGCACCCGCCUCCCGCCACGUUCGCCCUCGCGCGGGCUCGCCUCGCCGCCACACCACUCAGCGAGCGUCCCCACCAGACAUAUGCACAUACACUCUCGAACACUCCUCAGCCGGCACAUGCCCGGACUCACCAAUAUUUGUGCCCACACAGAGCGUGCACCCCUUCCCGCACUCCUUUUAUCUUGAGUUCAAAGAAGGGAAGAAAGA